AUGGAAGAAGAUUAGACUAAAAGAGGGGAAACGACAAAGGAAGGUUAGGAGUUAGAGGAGGAAAAACAGUCAGAGGUAAACGCAGAGCUGAUUCCACCAGCUAUUAUCGAAAACCCCAAAUAAAAAUUUACUGUAAAUGGAGUUGACUUUGAAACCAGCUAUUUUGGACCGAUGGUUAUUCAGGGCUACUUAAAAAAGCUGGCAAGUGGUGAUUCAUUAUUUAAUGAAAAUAAGUUUCAGAGAAGGUUUUUUAUGCUAAAUCUCAGUUUUGCAAUAUUUAAAUAUGCUAAAACGCCUACUGCUGAAUUUAAAUCUCAUCUAUUUAAGGAAAUAGAGUAUAUUGUAACAGAUGGCCCAAACAUGUAUUUUCAUAAAAAGUAUUAGUUUCCUUUCAAAGUGAAAUGUAAAGAAAGGUUUUAUCACUUAUGUGCUAAGACGAACUAGGAGAGACAAGCCUGGAUUAAUGGCUUUAAUUUCUUAUUCGAAUUCAGAAGAUAGCAAAUGGAAAAGUAUCAAGCUGUACUACCUUAAACUUCUACCCCAUUACCUGACGCUUACAAGGAAUUUUUAAUUAAGCAAAGCUUUGCAGAGUACAAUGAUCCUGAAUUAUCAAAAAUGGAAAGCGUAGAGGGAUUAUAAAAGAGUUAGUCACUAUUUAAAAAGCUAAACUUAAAGCCAUUCUUCAACAUGCUAGUUAAUAGAAAAAAGCCUGAAUUAUUUGGUAUGGGUUAAACACCUAAUCUAGAACUAAUAAGAAGUCCAAGUAAAAAUACUGAUAAUCAAGCUGAUAAUUAUUCUCAGCUAGAAUUACCAGCAGAAGUUAAGGAAUAGCUCGAGACAAUAAAUCAAAUCAGAGAAUAAGUAUAUGAAGAAUAUAAGGAGCUCGAAAAAAAAUAAGAGGAGUUUGAGAAAUAGAAAAAGGAGUUCCUAUAGUUUUAAAUUGAUGAGACAGAGAAACUUAUAGCAGAGAAGAAGAAAUUUUAGGAAAAAAAAGAGAAAUUUAGACAGGAAAAGCAUAGAUAUAUGGCGCAGCUACAAACAUCGAAUGUCAAUGAUGUAGUCAUCAGUGAUAUCGAUAAGCAAGGAAAUAAUGGCUCUAUCGCCAAUUUAAAAUCAAUUGAUUAAAACUAGUAGAUUAGUGAGAUGAAUGCGAAUGAGAGUCCUAAGUUUCCUAGGAAGAGAGUGAUUAAAAAAAGUGUGGAUAGAUAAAGUGCGAAAUUUCCUUUAGUCCUUAACAAUUAAAACGCUUUACUUAGUACAUAACUGAAACAGAAAUUAAAAAGAAAUUAACAGAAUUAGCCUGGAUCAAGCGAUGCUUAAGAAUCCUUAGAUAGAUAAGACUUUGAGAAUAGAAAAGAUUCUGACUAAGGUGGUAACAACAUAAUGAUUGAAGAUCCCAUGAAAAUUAAAACAGAUGUACAAUAAAUUGAAAAUGAUUUGGAGCACAACACUUUCUCAGAUCAAUAGAUGAAGACUUUUAGCAGAAAGAAGGUUAAAGUAUAAAGAGGCAAAAGCACUUCAAACAGAAUGAUGGUAAACAGUGCUCUUGAUAGUUAUACAUUAAUAGGCUUGAAUAAAAAUACUAGUUAAAAUACAGCAGGUUCUUAGUCAGGAGAAGAUUAAGUGCAGAUUUUUACCAAUCAAAUUGAAUAACCUCGCAAUGAGUCUACCUCGAUUAAGUAAAACUAAGAUAUUGCUAUUUAGGAUUUGAGAGCAUCUAGAGCAGAAAAUAAGUUAAUUGCAGAGGACAUAGAUAAUGAUGGGGAAUCUUCAAAUUUAAAUACAAUAAACCUGCUAAGAAACAGGUCAUCUCGUAAAAAAAAAGAGGAAAUAAUAGUUGAUGAGGAUCACGAUAAUAUACCUGGAGAAAGCUUCAUUGAAAAAAAUGAGCCUGAUCUUCCAAAAAUAGAUCUUUAGGAUAAAUUUAAUAAUGUUACUAGUCCAGAAAUUAAAUUUAUUCCAAAAAUAGGUGGAGGAAGAUCGAAUUCCAUUCAUCUAGCACAUUUAAAAAGCAUAGUUUAACCUAAGCUUUAAUAAAAUCAAAGUAUGCAACCAGAACUUAUUAAUGUUGAAGCAAAGAAAAUAAAUCAGAUCUAAAGUAAUAUUUCAAACAUGAUUAAUGGGAGCACAAUCGAUACUCUUAUUGAGAGAGAAAGAGAUGCUUAGUUUAUUGAAAGGCUGGAUAAGUAAAAUAAAAUUAAUCUCAAAAAUGGUAAUACAUUUUUGCAAAAAUCAGCUGCCAUCAAUUAAGACCAGAAUUAAGACUUCAAUAUAUCAGGCGGUAUUUAACUUGUAAAUCACAACAAUUACUCUUAAUUCUAUGGUAGCAAAGCAAAUGCUUCCAAUAACAUCAAAUAAAGGAAUCAAUUUGAAAAUUCUUCUUAUACCAAAGACAAUUAUAUUACUAGUCCAUAAAAAAGUAGAUACUCUAAUCAUAUGCCUGCUUAAAUUAACUAAAACAAUAAUUGGGGUAAUGAGAUAGAUGAAGAUAUCCAAACUUAAAAACCAUUCUUUAAUGUCGAUAAGUCUAAGUUUGAGCAACUUCAACUUAUCAAUAAUUAAUCUCAUCAUAGUAGACAGAAGGAUAAUGAUAAUGGAGUCUAGAAAUCGUCAUCGUAUCAGCCGAUUGAUCCACCAAAAUAAGAUACUGUGUUGGAAAGUUUUGAUGCUAACUGGGAUGAUGAUUUAGAAGCAUCAAUCAAGCAAGCUCAAAAAGAAUAAAAAGGUGCAAAUUUUAAGACCAUUAGCUCAUUACCUAAGAAAAAUAAAAGCAAAAAUGAAGAAUUUGAGGAAGUAUGGGAAUGA